GGCAAGUGAGCACGUGAUGGAAAGCCACUCAGCGCCCGGCCGCCGCGCCUCCCAGUAAUGUCUGAACCAGUGAUGGGGAAGGGCUGCUGGCUGUGCUGUGUUGUGCAUCAAACCUUAAUGCGACAUGAGUUUCAAUAGAGAUACUUUUAUCCACCUGUUUGCUGGCGGAUGUGGUGGCACAAUGGGGGCCGUGGCCACGUGCCCGCUGGAGGUGGUGAAGACGAGGCUUCAGUCUUCUUCCUUCAACUACAUGAGUGGAACACUGCCCCCACCAGCGGCUCAACAACGAGGCUCCACCACCUGCCCCACCAUGCCCCAGCACCACCACCGAGGGGGAGGUGGUGUCCGCAGGCUGCACAUGACUGCCUUUGCCUCAGGCACUCAGAUUGUGCAGCUGUCACAGCAGCUUCCAAACCCCGGUGGACAGAGGCAGAGUCUGUCCAUCCUCCAUUGUCUCAAAUAUAUAAUUGAGGUUGAGGGUCCCCGGGCGUUAUUCCGAGGCCUGGGCCCUAACCUGGUGGGUGUGGCGCCCUCCAGGGCCAUCUACUUCUGCUCCUACUCACAAAUGAAGAAAUUCCUCAAUAACAAAGUCAAGAAUCCAGAGACUCCUAUUGUCCAUGUCCUCUCCGCCUCCUGGGCUGGGUUCACAGCUUGCACGGCGACCAAUCCAAUUUGGUUCAUUAAGACGCGUCUCCAGUUAGACAAUAGUUUGUAUGGCCAGAGCACCACGGCUUUGGAGUGCAUACAGAAAGUGUAUCGUCAGCAGGGCAUUGGGGGAUUUUACCGUGGAAUCACGGCCUCUUACUAUGGCAUCUCGGAGACUGUCAUCCACUUUGUUGUGUAUGAAUUCAUCAAGGCCCAGCUAAUUGCAUACAGGCAAGGGAACCCCAACAAUCGAUCUACACGAGACUUCCUGGAGUUCAUGCUUGCUGGUGCAACAUCGAAGACUUUUGCUUCCUCUCUCUGCUAUCCUCAUGAAGUUGCAAGAACACGGAUGAGGGAAGAGGGCUCUAGAUACCGUGGGUUUUGGCAAACCCUUGGUCUUGUCCUUCGUGAAGAAGGGUGGCAUGGCCUCUAUAGAGGCCUCACAACACAGCUUGUGCGUCAGAUCCCCAACACAGCUAUUAUGAUGGCUACCUACGAGGGUGUUGUUUACGUCCUAACCAGGCACUUCGGUGUGUCUACAAACGACUUCUACGAAGAUGUUGACUAUGAUGAUGAUGGUGAUGAGCCUGCAGAGUAGACCUCUCCAUAGUGGUACUCUGGUCAGUGCCCAGUAUUCAGGGUUCCUAGAUGCACUAUGUAGCCGAGUGUUGCUCAAUAGGUCUUCUAAGGUUGUAGUCAGCCAGUUUACCUUAGUAGGCCAUUGCUGCUGAAGUUUUGAGGUACUGAAUUGUGGUUUCUUGUUGAAUUGAAUCAAUUCAAUUGCCAGCUUCAUGUAUUAGAUAUUAAAUUCUUUUGAUUUAUCAAAAAAAUCCUUGAAUUUUUUCUCAUUACUACUUCAGAAUAUAAGUCAUAAGUAAUGAGGUUAAGCAGGUUGCAAUUUUUUUGUCUUCCUCCUCUUUCUUUUGGCUAUGUGUUGUGAUGGUGCUACAGUGGAGGGGCAUCUCUGUCCCUUCACAUCAAGUAUUAGGGUUGAUAUUUAUUGAAUGAUGAUUGAUACUUAUCUAUGCCACAGCACUGUAGUGACUCACUCUUUGCUAUGUUUUUCUUUAAAAGUUUGUGAAAAAAUGUUUUCUUAUUCAUCUGGAAAUGUUUCAAAACUCAUAUCAGAAAUGCCUGCUGGAACAGUGAUAAGAGGCAUAUAUAGCACCUUUGGAUAUACAAUGAGCAACAUCGCUGUGGUGGCAGCAAUACAUGUUUUCAAUCAAAUCGUCUUGGCAAACAUGGUAUGUUGCAGCAAAUUUCAAUCAUUUUACUUGCUCUAAAUUAAAUGCUACAGAUAAGUCUUCUUAAAAUGUAUUAUAUAUGUCAAGCCUGGUCACGUGCCUUUACACUAAAAAUGUUCUGCUACCUAAAUAGUUGAAGCAUAUCAACACAUUUGUUGUCUGGUAACAGUUAAAUAUGUAAACAAAAUAUAUCUUGAAAGGUAUCAUAAACAUUGCAGUCAUUUAUUAAUUGAUGCAAUGAAGUUUUAUAAUUUUCAGUGUUACACUAAACUACUGAACUUGGCUAAAAGCAUCUUUAUGCCAUGUCUGUGCAGUGUUUGAAGCAAAAGUACUGCAGGAUAUCGUGGCUUCUACUACAUAUGUGUUUAUUCACACAGUCUGUGCGCUGUGUUCUAGUCGCACAUGUUUAGAAAUGUGGCUGUGAGUGUUAUUUAAGGUGUGAUGGCUUUGCAAACUGCAGGGUGAUUUAGUGAUAGUGAUAAAAGAAUAACUGUUGCUGAUCAGUAUUUACAUAGGUUUGCCAAAUGCCUGGCUUACUCUUAGUGUUGUAAAUGUCUUGAGGCAUUAUUAAUAUACUUGGUUCGGGUAUUGAUCAGUACAUUUUUUUUACCGUAGAUGAUAUUCGUGAAUGUUAUUUGUAUCAGGUUGUGAUGAUUAUUUCCAAAAAUGUAUAUAGUGCAUGUCCAUUAAAUAUUAGUUUUGUACUUAAAGAGCUGUAUCAUGUUAACAACAUUUGUUGGCCAUCCUUGCUUUUUUGUUUAUGUUGUGGAACUAAAAUUCAACUGCACUUUUU